AUGUUCCAUAAUUUUCAAAGAAUAGUUUUGAUAUCUCCAAUUGUGAUGGUACUUUUCAUUGUGAUUUGGCAUCGGUGAGUGUAAAUGGAAUAUUUUGGAAACCUGUUUGUAUCUUUUUGUGUAGAUAUCAAGCUGGGCUCAACUUCAAGUUUGACAAAACUGGCUUCUUCACGUGUAACUGGACCACAAACACAACUGUUACUAUUAAUCGUUCAUUUUUAUGCACCGAUUACGCGUUCUGGUAUCAAAAUCUUCCCGAAGAACACAGGUGUGUUGUUUAGGCUUGGCUGUGUCCCCAGAAACCAUUUUUUUCAGACCACCUCUUGGAGAAAAUGACAUUAUUGUUAACUCCACACAAGUUGCAUGCCCAUUGAGAAUCCAAUUGAUAUAUCGUGCAUUGGAAUCGAUUCGUGACUACAAUCCAGCGUAUUAUGUGAAAUAUUUGAAAUAUUUCAUGAAGAAACCAAAUGUUCACGCGCAUUACAAAGAAUGUCAAAGAAACUUGACAAAAUCUGGAUGA